AUGUUAUCAAUAUCUACUCAACUUCUUGAUAUUAGGUCUAACUGGCAUGUUACACAAAAAGGUUUAGAUUUUGUUGCACAAAUGCUUAAAAGUGUAUGUCCAGUUAAAAAAUGUUUACCUGAGAACUAUUACCAAGCAUCACAGUUGGUGUCUAAGUUAGGGCUAAAGGUUAAGAAGAUUGAUUGUUGUAAGAAUGGUUGCAUGUUAUACUACAAGGAUGAUAGUAAGUUGUCUGAGUGCAAAUUUUGUAAUGCUCCUAGGCUCAUUCCUCGCAAGACUGGCAUGGGAAAGUACAAAGAUAUCCCAGCGAAGAGGAUGUUUUAUUUUCCAAUCAUUCCUAGAUUACAAAGACUAUAUGCAUCAACCGAGUCGGCAACUGAAAUGAGAUGGCAUCAAAUGAACAAAAAUAGUUCCAACGUCCUUCGCCAUCCGUCUGAUGGAAAAGCGUGGAAACAUUUUGAUGAUGUAUAUCCUGACUUUGCUAGGGAACCCAGAAAUGUAAGAUUGGGUUUGUGUUCAGAUGGAUUUACUCCUUACAUUCAAACAUCUGCUUCUCCAUACUCAUGUUGGCCAAUAAUAGUUACUCCAUACAAUCUUCCCCCUGAAAUGUGCAUGGCCAAGCCAUACUUGUUUCUUGCUUGUCUCAUACCUGGACCUCACAAUCCUAAAUUGAAGAUAGAUGUCUACUUGCAACCAUUGAUUGAUGAUCUAUGUCUAUUAUGGUCCAAUGGAGUUUUGACAUAUGAUAUAUCCACAAAACAAAACUUCAUCAUGAAAGCCUGCUUGAUGUGGACAAUUAAUGAUUUUCCAGCCUACGGUAUGUUUUCUGGAUGGGGAACACAAGGUAAGCUGGCAUGCCCUCAUUGUAUGGAACACAUAGAUGUUUUUACCUUGAAAAGUGGCCAUAAGAAUUCCUGGUUUGACUGUCAUCGUUAUUUCUUGCCAACUAAUCACUCUUUCAGAAGGAGUAAAAGAAGUUUCAUAAAAAAUAGGGUUGUGAAAGACGACCCACCUCCCGUUUCCACAGGUCAAGAUAUAUGGGCAUUACUAAGUAAUCUUCCAAAAGUGACUGAAAUUGGAUGGGAAGAAAAAUGGAAAGAGUUUGAAGGGUAUGGAGUUGAUCAUAAUUGGAAAAAGCGAAGUAUUUUUUGGGAUCUCCCAUAUUGGAAGGAUAACUUGUUAAGGCACAACCUCGAUGCGAGAGAAGACUUGGCUAAAUUAUGCUUUCGUGGGGACUUAGAGCUCCAACCCUUAACUAACGGAAAGAGGGGUAAACCAAAGGCAAGCUACACUCUGACCAAACCUGAAGUCAAGUUGGUUUGUAAAUGGCUGAAGGAAUUGAAAAUGCCAGAUGGCUAUGCUUCAAACCUCUCUAGGUGUGCCAAUGUCGAAAAGGGUACGGUGCAUGGGAUGAAGAGCCAUGAUUGUCAUGUUUUCAUGGAGUGUUUACUCCCAAUUGCAUUUCGUUCAUUGCCGGAUUUGGUAUGGAAACCAUUAACCGAGCUAAGUCGAUUCUUCAAAGACCUUUGUUACAAUACGUUAAGGAUGGAUGACUUAGUUAAGUUGGAUGAGAACAUUGCAGUUAUCAUAUGCAAGUUAGAAAGGAUAUUUCCACCUGGAUUCUUUGAAUCAAUGGAGUAUCUUCCAAUCCAUCUUUCUAAAGAAGCGAUGUUAGGUGGUCCAGUACAGUACCGGUGGAUGUAUCCAUUCGAAAGAUUUAUGGGAGUCUCAAAGAGGGCAGUGACAAAUAAGGCUAGAGUUGAAGGUUCCAUAUGCACCGAUUAUAUACAUCGUGAGACAAAUUACUUUUGUUCUCAUUAUUUCAACUCAUUCAAUUUGUUGCCAAACACAAAUAUUUGUAACAAUCCUCGUUCAGACCAUGAUGACAUCCUACCUACAAUGUCCCUCCUACACAGUGGUGGUCGACCAAGUGGGAAGUCUGGAAAACAUUAUCUAUCAGAUAAGGAAUGGAAGUCUUCACAUGUACAUGUCUUGAUAAAUUAUGAUGAGGUCAAACCAUAUAUUGACAUAUUCUUAGAAAGUCAUUCUAUAAGUAUAGAAGAUUCAUCUGGACAAAUACAUACAGAGUUUCCCAUAUGGUUGAAGAAAUAUGUAAAUGAGAAGACAAAUGGAGUUACCAACAAAGACAUAAUUGCCUUAUCACACAGUCCUUCAUCAUUGGAAAUCUCUUGGAACAUGUACUUUGUAAAUGGGUAUAAGUAUCAUACCGAAGAAUGGAGCAAAGGUAAAAAAACUGUCAAUUGUGGUGUGCACGUGAAAGGUCUCGCUGAAGGAGGAAAAUAUGAUUUUUAUGGCAUAAUCAAACAUAUAUAUGAACUAGAUUACUUUGGUUUGAAGGAGAAGAUUCCACUUUUUUAUUGUGAAUGGUUUGACCCAACAAAGAACACAGGAACAAAGGUUCAUCCACAAUAUAAAACUGUUGAUAUUAAGAUGGAUAAGCAUUAUCGUCCUUAUGAUCCUUUCAUCCUUGCGCAAAAUGCAAGACAAGUGUAUUGUGUCCCAUAUCCAGAAAUGUGUAGAGAUAUGCGUGGAUGGUGUGCGGCAAUCACCACAAAACCAAGGGGUCAUGUGAUGAUUGAUAACAUAGAGGAUGAAAUGCCAUAUCAGUCUGAUGGGAUGUUACCUGUUCUACCCACUAUUGAAAUUGAAUCAAUAUCUUGUUUGUGUGACGACACACAAGUAGAUGUGUUUGAAGAGAUUUUUGAUACGUAG